GCAUAGGGCCUGCCAGGGGGCCAUAGGGCCUGCUAUGGGGUCUGCAGCGUCUGCCAGGGGGCUAUAGGGCCUGCUGUGGGUUGCAUAGGGCCUGCUAUGGGGUCUGCAGGGUCUGCCAGGGGGCCAUAAGGCUUGCUAUGGGGUCUGCAGCGUCUGCCAGGGGGCUAUAGGGCCUGCUGUGGGUUGCAUAGGGCCUGCUAUGGGGUCUGCAGCGUCUGCCAGGGGGCUAUAGGGCCUGCUGUGGGUUGCAUAGGGCCUGCUAUGGGGUCUGCAGCGUCUGCCAGGGGUCUGCAGGGCCUGCUGUGGGGUCUGCAGGGUCUGCCAGGGGGCUAUAGGGCCUGCUGUGGGGUGCAUAGGGCCUGCUAUGGGGUCUGCAGGGCCUGCUGUGGGGUCUGCAGGGUCUGCCAGGGGGCUAUAGGGCCUGCUGUGGGGUGCAUAGGGCCUGCUAUGGGGUCUGCAGGGCCUGCUGUGGGGUCCACGGGGCUGGCUGUGGGUGCACAGGGCUUGCAGUGGGGUGCAGAGGGGCAGCUCAGGGGGCUAUAGGGCCUGCUAUGGGGUCCGUAGGGUCUGCUAUGUGGUCCAUAGGGCCUGCUGUGGAUGCAUAGGGCCUGCCAUGGGUGCAGGGGGGCAGCUGUGGGUGUACAGGGCCUGCUGUGGGGUCCAAAGGGCUGGCUGUGGGUGCAUAGGGCCUGCUAUGGAUGUAUAGGGGCAGCUGUGGGGUGCGUACAGCCUGCUGCGGGGGGCAUAGCGGGGUCUGUAGGGCCUGCUGUGGGGACAUAGGGGCAGCUGUGGGGUGCAUAGAGCCUGCCACAGGGGGAAUAGGGCCUGCUGUGGGGUCAUUGCGCCUGCUGUGGGUACAUAGGGGCAGUUGGGGGGUGCACAGUGCCUGCUACAGGGUGCAUAGGGCCUGUUGUGGGGUCCAAAGGGCUGGCUGUGGGUGCGUAGAGACUGCUACGGCUGUAUAGGGCCCGCUGUGCGGUGUGUAGGGCUGUCAGAGCACAUAGAGCCCGCUGUGGGGUGUGUAGGGCUGUCAGGACACGUUGGCUUCUCGAUGCCCCCGUUUCCACCCCACCGUUUCCAGCCUGAGGCAGGUGCAGGGAGGCUGCCCGGCAUGGGGCGGCCGUGGGGCAUGCUGCAACCCUGCCAGCCCCAUGGGGCAAAGGACACGCCGUGGGGCAGAGGGCACGUAGUGGGGCAGGGUCCCCAUGCCCUGUAGGGCAGGCUCACCCUAUAGCCGGCCCUGCAGCCCUGGCAGAGGCCGGGUCCUGCCCCGGGGCUCUGGGGGAGUGCAGUCGGGGUCCCUUGGGGCUGGGAGACCCCAGGAUCAGGGCCCCCGAUGUCUCCUGCGGGCUCUCAGUGGGGUGCCCUGCUGUGGGGUGGGCGGGCUGCGAGAUGGGGGCACGGCCCCCGUGCCCUCCGAGGCCGAUUCCUCCCCACAGAGCUGGGCUGCAGGAGACUUAAUCGGGAGGCAGCCUGCGUCGCUGCAGCCCGGCCGUCAUCACGCGGCGCUGGGCUAAAAAUACCCAGGCGGCAGCCAGCGGGCCCGGGGUGCCGGCCCCGGCGUCCCCGGGGUCCCCAGGGUCCCCGGGACAGGGAUGGGGACAGGGACGGGCUGCGCCUUGCCCACGCAGGGGAUGCUGGCUCUGCCCGCCCCCCCAGUUAAUGGAGUGUCCUCGGACCCCCGUCCUGGGGUCGCAGGUCCUGUGGGGACACGGCAGCUACUCCGGUUCCUGCUCCGGGUGUGCAUGCACGGGGCUGGGACCGGUCCCAUCGCCCGGUGUCACACCCCGGUGCCGCGUGGCCCCCCCCACGGUGACAGCCCCCCGGCUCAGGGCUUCGUCGCCCGCUUCCUUCCCCUUUCCAGCCGCCCUGCGCAGCGCGGUACACAAGUCACCCUGGGCGAGCGGGGGACGUGGGCACCAGCUCCCAGCCUGGGGGGGGCUGCGCCACAACCCCGCGGGACCCCCAUCUCCGUGUGCCGUGCAUCCCCCCGUGCUCGGGGUGGGGGCACGGCCCCAGCCCCUCUGUCGGUGCCAGCUUCCCCGUCCCCUCGCCGCGCAGCGUGACCGGCAAACAGGAAGCCUCCUCCCUUCCCGUCCCCGGCGCUUUCGCCCCGUCAGCUCCGCCGCCUGCGUGCCCCACGGCCGCUGACUGCUUGCCGUGGGGCGCCCCACGGCACCGGGUCCCGCGGGCAGGGCGGGGGUCCGGGUGCGAGCCGUGCCGCUGCCCGCCGCCCGUCCCCAGAUGCCGUGAGCCAUGUCGGACGAGAAGCCCCCGCAGCUGGUGGACUACUUCGUGGUGGCCGGACUGACGGACGCCUCGCGGCCGCUGGAGGACGAGAACCAGCAGCAGCGCCCGGCCCGGCCCAGCGAGCCCAUCACCGACGUGGCCGUCAUCAUCCGCUCGCAGGGCGAGGAGGUGCCGCACGGCUUCACCUGCAUCGAGACCACCACCUCGGGGCACCCCGUGGACCUCAACGCCGGGCUGCUCAACAACCCGCAGAUGUUCAUCUGCUACAAGCGGGGCCGGGACAAGCUGCCCCUCAUCGAGCUGGGGGUGCACUACGAGGGGAAGGACCGUCCCAGGCCGGGCUACACCAUCCUGGACACGACGCCCUACAGCCGCUCGGCCAACCUCAACUCGGGGGGCCCGGGGCACCAGCGCACCUUCCUGGUGUACCGGCGGGCGGCCGAGCCCCAGGGCCACAACGCGCUGGGGGUGACCGACAUCUGCCUCAUCAUGCCCAGCAAGGGCGAGAGCACCCCGCACACCUUCUGCCGCGUGGACAAGAACCUCAACACCAGCAUGUGGGGCCCGGCCUUGUUCCUGUGCUACAAGAUCGCCAUGGCCAAGGCCAACACGCUGGUGUACGAAGCAGGGCUGCUGGGGCGCUACCCCGAGCAGGACAGCGAGUCCUUCCCGCUGCCCGAGUCCGUGCCCGUCUUCUGCCUGCCCAUGGGCGCCACCAUCGAGAGCUGGCCGGCCGACACCAAGUACCCGCUGCCCGUCUUCUCCACCUUCGUGCUGACCGGCGCCUCGGGCGACAAGGUCUACGGGGCCGCCAUCCAGUUCCACGAAGCCUUCGCCCGCGAGCGGCUGUCGGAGAAGCAGCGGCUGCGGCUGGGGCUGCUGAGCGUGGUGGACCGGCGGCCCAUCGGCGGCCGCUCGGUGCAGACCCGCAAGAGCAUCUGCGUCCUCUCCCACUGGCCCUUCUUCGACGUCUUCCGCAAGUUCCUCAUGUUCAUCUACCGCUACUCCAUCUCGGGGCCCCACGUGCUGCCCCUGGAGACGCACAUCUCGCACUUCAUGCACAACGUCCCCUUCCCGUCCCCGCAGCGCCCGCGCAUCCUGGUGCAGAUGUCCCCGUACGACAACCUGCUGCUGUGCCAGCCCGUGUCCUCCCCGCUGCCGCUCAGCGGGGCCAGCUUCCUGACGCUGCUGCAGAACCUGGGAGCCGACAACGCGGUGACGCUGCUGGUGGCCGUGCUGACCGAGCAGAAGCUGCUCAUCCACUCGCUGCGCCCCGACGUGCUCACCAGCGUGGGCGAAGCCCUGGUCUCGAUGAUCUUCCCCCUGCGCUGGCAGUGCCCCUACAUCCCGCUGUGCCCGCUGGCGCUGGCUGACGUGCUGAGUGCCCCCGUGCCCUUCGUUGUAGGCAUCCACUCCAGCUACUUCGACCUCCACGAGCCCCCCAAGGACGUCAUCUUCGUCGACCUGGACACCAACAACAUCUUCCAGAGCGAGGAGCGCAAGCUGCUGUCCCCGCGGGCGCUGCCCCGCCGGCCCUGCAAGGUGCUGCUGGCCUCGCUGCACAGCCUGUCCCAGCAGCUGCACGAGAUGUACAACAAGCCGGUGGAGGAGGCGUCGCUGGAGUUCCUGCUGACCGACUACGACCUGGUGUACGGGCGGCGCAAGCAGCUGGAGCUGGAGAUCCGGGCGGCGUUCCUGCGCUUCAUGGCCUGCCUGCUCAAGGGCUACCGCUCCUUCCUGCAGCCCAUCGCCCCCGCGCCCCCCGAGAAGAGCCGCGAGACCGCCAACCUCUUCCUGCUGCAGGGCUUCCUGAAGUCGCGGGAGCGGGCCUACCAGAAGUUCUACGGGCAGCUGCUGCGCACGCAGCUCUUCACGCAGUUCAUCGAGGACUGCUCCUUCGCCAGCGACCGCUACACCUGCCUCGAGUUCUUCGACAGCUGCGUGGACAAGGUGCAGGUGGAGCUGGAGAAGCCGGAGGACGUCCCCUUGAUGGAGCUGGACGACUCGCACGGCAGCGAGCACACCGUCUUCAUCAUGCCCCCCGAGGAGCCCACCGGCCCCGACGGCAGCGAGCUGCCCGCCUCCUACUGCUACGACGGCUUCCCCACGCUGCGCCCCGAGCUGCUGGAGCCCGCGCAGGACCUGCUGAUGGCGCAGCUGUGCCAGGCGCGGAGCAGCGCGCCCAGCAGCCCGGCCCCGCGCCGGACCAAGCAGGAGAUGAAGGUGGCCCAGCGCGUGGCGCAGAAGUACUUCGGGGUGCCCGACAUGUGGGCCAAGUGCCUGCUGGGCCACUGCUACGGGCUGUGGUUCAUCUACCUGCCCACCCACGUGCGCGCCGCCCCCUCCAAGGUGCGGGCGCUGCAGCUGGCCUACGAGGUGCUGCGCAAGAUGGAGACCCACAAGGUGGUGCUGCCCGACGAGGUCUGCUACCGCAUCCUGAUGCAGCUGUGCGGGCAGUACGGCGAGCCGGUGCUGUCGGUGCGGGUGCUGCUGGAGAUGAAGCGCGCCGGCAUCGUCCCCAACACCAUCACCUACGGAUACUACAACAAGGCGGUGCUCGAGAGCAAGUGGCCGGCCAGCACCCAGGGGGGGCGGCUGCGCUGGGCCAAGCUGCGCAACGUGGUGCUGGGGGCGGCGCAGUUCCGGCAGCCCCUGCGGCAGCGGCAGCGGCAGGCAGAGCUCCAGGAGCCCCCCGCGCCCCCCCGGCCCCGCGCCGCCCUGCAGCGCCAAACCACCUGGGCCGGCCGCAGCCUGCGGGACCCCCCCGCGGCCCCCCAGCUGGUGAAGAGCGGCAGCCUCAGCUUCCCCCACGCCGAAGCCACCACUUUGGAAGCCGGAGUCGGACAGAUGCUGCGAGCCCUGGGCGCGCCGGAGCCCCCCCGGGUGCGGGACGCGGCGCCUGCCUCGGCUGAGGGCAGCCUGUCGGACGUCAGCUUCGCCACCGACGAGAGCGAGCGGGCGGACGAAGCGGGGGCGGCGGGGGCCGGCGGGGGCCGGCGGGAGGCGGAGAGCGGGGGCACGCCGCGGCGGGGGCUGGCGGCCAAGCUGCAGCAGCUGCUGUCCCCCGGCAAGCGACCCUCGCCCCGGCACGCCGCCGACGGCCACGGCGGCCCCCGGGACGGCGGCGGCACCGAGCAGCGGGACCGGGACCCCCCCCAGCGCCGCAGCCCCAUGGACACCCUGCUGCACCCCCGGGAGCGCCCCGAGUCCACCGCCUCCGAGAGCUCCGUCUCGCUGGGCAGCGAGUUUGACUUCUCGGAGACGUCGCUGGGCAGCCACAAAGCCGCGGAGCCCCCCGGGGAUGUGGCGCAGGAGCCCCCCGCCGUGGAGGUGCUGCUGUCCAGCUGCUCGCGGUGCCAGGGCUGCGGCUCGCUGGUGUACGACGAGGAGGUGAUGGCGGGCUGGACCUCGGACGACUCCAACCUCAACACCACCUGCCCCUUCUGCGACCGCGCCUUCGUGCCCUUCCUCAGCAUCGAGAUCCUGGACUUCCAGCAGGCCCCCAGCGGGGCCGAGGACGGCUCCGUGCCCGCCCCGGCCGCGCAGGGCCCCGUGCUCAGCGACCGCCACCGGUGCCUGGCGCUGGACGACGCCGAGCAGGAACCGGGACCUCCCCCGGGGCUGUGCAACGGCUGCGCGGAGCAGGCGGCGCGGGGCCCUCCGCGGCGGCAGGAGCGGGUGGCCUUCGCCUACCUGAGCCCGCUGGUGCUGCGCAAGGAGCUGGAGAGCCUGGUGGAGAACGAGGGCAGCGAGUGCCUGGCGCAGGCGGCGCUGGUGGACAGCCACCCCAUCCUCUACUGGAACCUGCUCUGGUACUUCCAGCGCCUGGGGCUGCCCAGUAACCUGCCGCGGCUGCUCCUGGGCUCGCAGCACGUGGCGGCCCCCCCGCAGGCGCAGCCGCCCGACGCCGCCGCCGCCUCGGUCGGGGUGCGCUUGUUGUGGGACGUCCUCGUCCCCGAGCCCGACAGCGUCCCCCCGCUCUACGUGCUCUGGAGGUUUCACAGUAACGUCCCCGGCCGCCUGCAGGCCUGGCAGCACCGCGAGCACCCCUUCUCGCUGGCCUUCCUGGAGGCCGUGCUGAGGCACGUGGGGCUGAGCGAGGUGCACAAGGCCAUCGCGCUCUUCCUCGACACGCCGCCCGCGCACGGCGGCCCCCGGCACACGCAGAGGAGCAUCUACAGGGAGAUCCUCUUCCUGAUGCUGGCGGCGCUGGGCCGGGAGCACACGGACAUCGCCGCCUUCGACAAGAAGUACAAGUCGGCCUACGCCAAGCUGGCGGGCAGCCUGGGCAAGGAGGAGCUGCGGCGGCGGCGGGCGCAGCCCCCCAGCUCCAAAGCCAUCGACUGCCGCAAGAGCUUCGGGGCCACCCUGGAGUGUUAGGGCCGGGGGGGGGGGGGCACGGGGGGGCAGGGCCCGGCC